CUCAGGUAUAAAAUGUGCGUAUAUAAUUUACUCUUGUAGGUAAUCUGGAAUUUUUUUUUUUUUUUAAAUAUACAUGUAUCUCUUUAAUCAACAGAAACAUUUCUUUGAUGAGGAAUCUGGUUUGUGGCAGUUUGAGUCUCUGAGCAACCACCAACCACUGGAAGAAGGUGAUCCUGUACUACAAGCAGCCAUGAGACAUAGACUUUCUUUGCUUGAUGGCUUGAAUGGUGCGCAGAGAGAUUUUGAGGGCAAUCUGUGGAGAGACCGAUCGGGGCCAUUUUCCUUGUAUCCUCCUGCUAUCUAUGGACCAUGUCUUUGUGGGGCUGGUUAUUACAAUGCAUAUACAAUGCCUGUGGGUAUUCUGUCUGAUGUCAAAUACCAGACCAUUGUUUAUACAACAAAUGGUCCUUGUCGGUUCGAGGUAAAAUUUCGUGAAUGUUUGCAGAGAAACCAUGAUUGCCUCAUUCCAUAUGAUGGAUCAAGUCACUGCCUGCACUUCCUCAGUAGGAACACAGCUGCUGGGGAUGAAAUUGGUUGGGAUUUUGUGGAUAGAGUGUUAAACACUAACAUAACUUUUUCAGCCUAUUGUACACUGAUGACUAAUCAGUAUCAGCGCCUGUAUUCUUUAUCUGCUAAAUUUAUGUCUCCACAAACGUUUAUUGCUUGGUGGUUGUCAUGGGCUUCUAAUUUCAAAGUAGAUUUCAGGGUGGUCUGUGAUAUCUGCAAAUAUGAACCUAAAUACCUUGCUUGUGAUGGAACAAAAAUAGGAAUUAAUUUCCGACAUGCUUCAGUUACCCCUAUUGAGAUUCCUUCCACAGAUGUUAAGGUUGAUCCCUGUCAUAGGAGAAAUGAGAGGGCUUUUAUUCAUUAUAAGCAAGGAGAUUUAGACAUUGCUGCAAACAUUAAAUGCAGGGAACAUUUGCUUUAUUUGUCCAAAUAUCACAGGGGUUUACUAAAGGAUGAUCAGAAGCUGCCAUGGAAUGACCAAACGGAUAGAACAAACCUACUUGUUGAGACUGUGGAUAGGGAUUGCAGGGAGAUUGUAAAGCGAUUUUCUCUAGGAGAAUAUUCAAACUUGCUUCAGUUCAAAUUGGCCAUUGUCUUUGCUGUCUUAUCCAGCAAUUCCUCUCUCACCAGCCUCAUUCCUUAUCGUUAUCUCACUCUGACAGCAUUUAUUAUAACAUCUCUGAGAAAUGCUGUCGAUUCAGAUUGUGAUUUUGUUAAUGAUCUUCGACAAUUUUCUCCAGAACUUCGAGAUAUUGUACAUUUUGCUUUAGAUAAUAGAGAAUCACUUCUCGAAGUUCUGGAUUUUAUUGAAUAUUUGGUUUUAAGAGUAAAAGACAUUCAUGGAAAAAAUAAGGCACCAGAUUUUGCUGUUCCUCAACCUGGAACUUACAAUCCAGAAAAAUAUGGCAGGGCAUAUUAUUUUAAUCCAACAGGUGAGCAACUCAGGCACCUUCCCAAAUACAGUAUGAAUGAACACGCUACCUCAAAAAACUAUGAUGAUCAGCCUGCUAGAGAGGAAGAAAAGUGUAACAAAAUUUUUCCUCAGGUCUCGAGGAAGGGCACAACAUACUUAUUUUUAUGGUUUGAUCCCAAGCAUUAUGGACAUUGCUAUGGAUAUCACAUGAUUCCAGGAUCUGAAGGCAGGAAAGAUCCUUUUACAUCUGCAUAUUUGUAUUUGGAGAAGGCACCCGAGGAACUUUUCUAUGACUUCAGUUGCCAGCUUGAGGAAUAUUGUUUGAACAGAGAACCUGGUUAUUGGCAAAACACCAGAUUUUGGCAUGAUGUGUUUCAUGGGUUUAGCCACAAGUGUCCAGUUACAUACAAGUCAAGACGCAUUUUGUCACUUAGAAAAAUGAGCACAGAAAUAUGUGAACAAUUCAAUUCCUUUAUCCAACGAAUCAAAUAUUCUGCUAGAGCCAUGUCAACGGGUAAAUUUAACCACUAUUUGCAGUUCAUGAUACACCAUUGGUGCAUUAAGAAAAAAGCAAGUUUCCAAAAGAGAUGCAAUGUUGCUGCAACCUAUUUAUUAUAGUGUUUAAGAUUUCUCAUGCACUGUCAGUUUUGUUCUGUAAAUAACUUCUACAAUGUACUAAGUCAAAUUGCAUUUUGUCACUUGGGAAAAAUGGACAGAAUCGUGUUCUUUUUGGUGUAACCACAAAGCACUGGGUAUACUUAAAGAUUACUUUGUUGUGAGUAUUGGUAAGUGUUUUUGUACAAUCCAUUAACUAUAGAAUUUAUUCAAACCAGAAAACAAAGGGUCGUUGCCUUUGAAAAGAGAGUGUUUGACUGACUAUGUCAUUGAACCUAUUUCAUGAAAACUUGUCAGUGACUUUCUGGUGAAAAUCACUAAAAAGCGGACCUAAGAUAUAUUUU